AAUUAUUUUUAAAAAUACCGCCGAACGAGUCGGACGUGUUCGCUGGAUGCUGGCGCUCUUUUCGCGUUCCGUUUUUUGAGUAAAGUAAACAAACAUACAAGUUAACACAAUUUUGUCUGUUCUAUUGUGCGGAAAUCGAGUGAGAGGGGAAAUAAACAGAAACCGCAAGCAAAAGCAACAAGCGUGUGUGGGAAGAGGAAAACGAAAGGCGAAACUACCUGCGAGCAUGUGUGUGCGUGUGUGUAAAUGAAAUAUGGAAAUUGAAAAUGCCAUUAAUCGCGAAUUAACGGCAAGCCAUAGAAAUCGCUCAAUGGUUUAAAGUGCAAGAGAAAAGUUAUUGUUGUCAACACGGAAGACAAAAGCCAAAAAGCCUGCUGUUGAAAAAAAUACGUGUAAAUUAUAUUUGUUUUCGCAACAACAAUAAGCCAUUAACCAGAGUGCUGAAAUAGUCAAUUUACAAUUGGAGCUGCCGAGAAGUCUAUAUAUAAAAUAUAAACAUUUUGGUGCAUUUCUCUGAUAAAAAAUGGAAACGAAAAUCCCAGAAACAUAAGAAAAGGAAUCGUUGGAAAUUGCUAAAAAAUAAAAAUGAAAAAGCAAGCGAAGAAGGAACAACAAUAACUCAAGCUUAAAAGUGGAAACAAAAACAAGCGAUUUUAAGGCCCAGUCGAACGUGGAAUUGACUUGACCCACAGAGGGGCCCCAGCAAAGGAAAGAGAAAGAUAUAUACAGCUGUAGAACGAGAGGGAGCGACAUACGAUGCGUGUAGUUGGGUGGCUUAGUGGUAGCUUAAUGCUCGCCCUGGCCGUAAUGUUAACGCAGGCACGUUUCAUUGCGAAAAGAGAAACCAACAUCGGCUUGGAGCAGGCGCUGACUUCCAAUUCCACUGACCCUGACAUUGUUGCAGCGGCCAGGGAAAGUGGGAGUGGCAGGGAACCGGAAUUAGAUAUAGCUAGCACCCAAAGUAGUCUUCAAGAUCAAAGUGAAAUGAAGACUAAGGAUCAAACUGAAAUUGUAACUGAAAGUCUAAAAGAGAAUCCCAAAGCUAUGGAAACCACUCCAGGUUUAGUGUCAAAUGAGACCACCAGCACCACCGUUAAAACUUUAGUAGAAGAGCAACUUAAACUGAAAGAUAGCGAAACCACGGAUGCCCAGUUAGAGGAUGAAACUCAAAAGGUUAGUGCAACAGAACUGCCGAAAAAGGAAACCAUUGCAGAAGAUUCCAGCCUUGCCACUGCAUCUCAUCAGGAUCAAAUUCCAUUAAAUCUGACAGAGAAGGCAUCAACUGAAGCUCCUGUGAAAGUUACUUUUGGAACAACCACUGAAAAAAUGGAACAAAAGGAUGUGACAAUAAAGGACCCCCAUCCAAAAGAAGAACCCCAAGAGAUUAAGGGGACAACCACAGAAUCUUUGACAUUCGAUAAUUCCAGCACCGAAAUGAACCUUCCAUUGAAACCUGUAACUCCGGAAGUUGCAAGCACCACAGAGAGAGUGGUUAAUACCACCAGCACUACUCGUUCAGCCGAUCAUGGCCGAUCAAUGCAAUAUUCAUCAACAACCGAAGGAUUGCUUCGAUUACCGGCUGCCGUUACGCCAAUGAAACUGAGGCCUUUACCUAUGACAUCUACACCUGUCAGUAGCACUACAACAACAAUAACUCCCUCCACAACCACACCCACUUCAUUCGCCUCCAAUGAGAAUGACAUCGAGGAGUCAAACUCAAAGUCAGAUGUUCAUCAAUUGCCCGAGAAACGUGCCAAGUUUAUAAGUGAAAACUCUACAAAUGCCCAGCAACUAACGCUGCCAAAUACCGCUGAAGUUUGGAGUCUUGCGGGGAUGAAGGCGGUACCCAAAACGCCUCUUACAACAACAACUAUCUUGCCUCUUUUGAACCAAACUGAUAUUGCAAACGAUAUAGAUAUACCGCUGAAUAAAACAGAGCAGCACAAGGAGAAGAAUCUACUGGAUUGGAUGAACAUUGCCAUGAUGCCAACGACGCCGGAGAAUCACACAGAAUUUGUGGUUAGAACUACUCUGGACGCCACUGAGAGUGCAACACAGGCCACCACGGAAGCUUUGGCAGAGGAGGGUCAUCAAAAAAAUGAUUUUACCCAAGGAUUGGAUCAAAAUGAAGUCACAACGGCAAGGCCAAUGCUUGCAACAUCUGAAAGAAGACCCAUGGAUCAUAGCAUAACAACUACAACUGUUCGUUCAGAUAUUUUGGAAGAGCCAAUGGUCAAAAAGAUGGCCGAUGCAGCCAAUGUCAAGUUAACUGAGGCGAUAACAGAAGCUCAAACGGAAAACGAAGCGGUAACAGAGGCUGCAACAUCAAUAACAUUACUAGAGCAACCUGCAACAUCGGCUGUAACAGCGAGGGUGGCUUUAACGAAUUCGGAACUGUUGAAUGCAACUGAAAUGGCAUCAGAUACAAGUGAAGUAUCUAAGGCAAAUUCAACAGAUACCUUAUCAGCAAUAACAAGCACAACCACUACAACAGAGAAGCCAUUAUCUGUAGAACAUGUAUCCCCUGAAAAAGAGCUAGAAGAAGCAACAUCAGAGGCCACAACAGCAGCGAUAUUAAAGGCAACUACAGAAGCAGCAACAACAUCAUCAACAUCCGCAGCAACUAUAGUUGUAUCAGAGGCAGCAACCACAAAGGCAGAAGUAUCAGCCUCAUCUGAAGGUACAACAGCAACAUCACCACCAACUACAACAUCAUCAGCAACAUCGACUGCAACAGCUUCGAGUGUGGCAACCACCCCCAGUACAACUGAAAUGGCAAUGAAAGCCUCUGCAAUCAGCAACAUCAACAGCAACAACGACGACGACGACGACGACGACGGCGGUGAUAAUAACAGUAACGACGUCAUCGUUGCCACAACCAAAAAUCCAGAGAGCGACCAACCAGCAACGGCAAUCGUCGAGCCAACAGCAACAUCGGUUAGUGUGCGAGUAACUGGCGAGGUGAGCACAUCGAUUCGUCCAGAAAUCAUCGUUACAAGUGCGCGGAGCGGUAACAGUACAAUCGCGAGUAUAAGUACAUUGACUACAACAACUGUAGCAACACCCACGCAAACGGAAAUUGCGCAAAUUAGCAAUGAAGUGAAUUUGGAGGCAGUGACAGUGAAGACGCGUGACGGUCUAAGCAAUGAGAAUGUAUUAAGAACAGCUGAGAAAACCGAUAACGCGGUCAAUAACAGUGUGGCCAUAACAGAGAGUGAGCUGGGGGCAUUGGCAACAGAAGUGAAAACUACCCCAACGACAACCAGCACAACCACCACUACUACCAGCUUUCUCAGUGACCUGAGUAAACUGACCAAAGAACACGAAUCCUCACUGGAAACUAACAAUAUUGGCGAGACAUCACCCGAAUCGACAACAACGGCAUCUGUUGCUGUUGCAACGGAUGAGAGCACAGCGGCAACAGGUGGCCAGGAAAUCGAGAAGGAGCCGCAACAUCAUGAGGGGCAACAGGUGGUUGAUGAGCAGGACACAGAGCAGCAGUUAGCCAAGACAACGAUGGCGGUGACCUCAACAAGUACUACAACUACAACAACCACAACAGAAACGCCCUCAACGACUACAACAAUGCAACCGGUAGUGAUAAGUCUGCUGGACGACAGCACAACAACAACAACAACAACAACCACCACAACGACGACAACUACAACGACAGCUGCACCACCCACUGAGGAAUACAUUGAAUCCUCAACAGUAAGCAGCAUCAUCAGCAGCACUAUGCUACCACCUGAGAGCACCACAUCAACGGAGUCACCACAUUUACCACCCACCUUCAUGGCCCCCUAUCCCAACGAACUGGAUCACAUGCAGACCAAUGCCCAGGGUAAUGGAACGGAUGUGAAUGUGAUCAUAGCCAUCACAGUGAGCGUGAUUGGUGUGGUGGCCCUCAUCCUGCUGGUGGCAUUCCUCUAUUUAAUGCGCAAGCGCCAGAAGCAGAUGUCCUAUGGCCAAAGGUGUCGUCCGGUUAGCUUGGAUGCCUACUCCCUGGACAAUGUCUCGGUGCUGGGCAGUGUAAGGCGAAAGGGUCGCGAUGUGAGGGCCUCCAAGCGGACCUACGGUAAUGCUGCCUUCGAUGAUCCCUCACUGCGACACAAUCUGCUGACCGCCAGCGAGCUGGCCCGCUUUGUCGAGAGGCGUUCUGACGUCUUCGAGGAGUUCCGCGAUGUGCCACAGAUCAUCGCUAGAGCGGAUGAAGUACCCCCUGGGUGUGAGGACAAAAACCGCUACGCCAACGUGAUUCCGCUUCCUGAGACGCGGGUGGUGCUCCAGCGGCAAGGCGACGAUGACAAAACGGAAUACAUUAAUGCCAAUUAUGUGCGGGGCCCUCGAGAUGCGCCCAACUACUACAUAGCCUGCCAAGCGCCGUUGGAGAGCACGACCAGCGAUUUCUGGCGUAUGAUCUGGGAGCAGCAGUCACGCGUCAUCAUUCAGGCAACAGAUCUCAGUGAGAACGGUAUUGAGAAGUGUGCCGAGUACCUGCCACCUUCGGCGACUUUGGACAACCACAGCAGCUAUGGUGACUACCAGGUGACCCUAAAGCAUCGCGAGGUAAAGGAUCGUUACGCCAUUUCAACAUUGGUCCUAAAGCGAGUAGAUGGUGAGGAGAGCCGCGAGCUUACCCAUUACUGGUACAAAUGGCCAGAGGCUGGUGUUCCGGCCGAGGAGGCACCCAUCAUCGCCAUGCUGCUGGAGGCACGCUCUUCGCUGAAGUCAUACUGCUUAGAGCAGGCCAACGAGCUGCGCGAGAAGUCAGCGACGCUGGAGACGUCGAUGGAUUCAGAUGGGACCAAAGCCGAGGCGGGUAGCACGUCCAGUCACGAGAUUAAUGGAAAUAUUUCAAGCCGUAGCGCUGCGCGAAGCCAACAGGGACCGCUAACCGUUCACUGUUCUCCAGGCACGGGACGAACCGGUACCAUUAUCGCGUCGGACAUGGCCAUCCGCAGUCUGGAAACCCCAAAGCGGUCUGUGGAUAUCCCUCAGCUAGUCUACUAUGUGCGAAGGGGACGUGCCAGCGCCGUUCAGACCAAGGAUCAGUAUGAAUUUAUCUACAAGGUGGCCAGCAUGUAUGCGGCCAAGAUCACAAAUCUGUCUAACGACAACUAAAAGGCUGUCCAGGAUGGGAGGCUCCAAUCGAGUGGAAACCGAAUUUUCAAUGGAGUUCAAUUUUCCAGCACUGAUCCGUGGGACCCUCAGUAACAAUAAUAGCUAUGUUUUAUACAAUAUAUUAGUGUAAUUUAGUAUUAUGCUUGAAUGUUGGCACCUUAUUAAGCGUCGUUAAAUGUCGGGCUUUAAAUAUCAUUUAAAUGUAUGUAUUCCUUUAUUAUUGUGAUAUAAUCGUACAUUUGUAUAUCUCCUGAUAAUCUGUUGCAUAUUUAUAAUGUCAAUUUUUUGUUUUUGCACUGUCGCGUUUAUGUUCCGGGGCCAUACAAAUCCGGAACAAGUGAGAUAUAUUUGGAGCGCUCUGUAUUUAAAGAAAGUCAAAUAUGUAAUCAAACAAUGUAUGUAUCUAUUUUAAACGAGCUUUAAUGUACGUAAGUUAAUUUGUAAGUUUACACCAAGCUGUACUGUACUCAUAUUAUUGUGAAUUACAAGAAAGAAAUAUGUCCAGCGUA